AUGGCUGUGGCCCUGGAGUCCCAGGCCCACGUGUCUCCCCAACCGGAGCUUGAAGAACUCCUGAUUGUGAAACUGGGGGAGGACGCGUGGAGAUCUGAACCCAGACCUCGGGAGAAGGACCAUGGCCCUGUCCCUGGCCCCGAGGCCUCCCGCCAGCGCUUCAGGCAGUUCCGGUACAGGGAUGCCUCAGGACCGCACGAGGUCUUCAGCCAGCUCUGGGCGCUCUGCUGUCGCUGGCUGAGGCCAGAGAUCCGCCUCAAAGAGCAGAUCCUGGAGCUGCUGGUGCUGGAGCAGUUCCUGACUAUCUUACCCAGGGAGGUCCAGGCCUGGGUGCAGGCGCGCCACCCUGAGAGCGGCGAGGAGGCGGUGGCCCUGGUGGAGGAUUGGCACCGAGAGGCCCGGGCUGCAGGGCAUCGGGAACUGGGAUUGUGUGAAGAGACCCACCCCUUGAAGGCGAUGCGGGAAUCUCGGUGCUUUCAGCAGCAGUCAGCACAGCACUGGCCCGAGAGACCGCCCCAGAGGCAGUGGAUGAGGAAUCCGUGCCCUGCCCUUCCCAAGCAUCUCGACUCCAAGAUGGCGCCCCAUCUCGACUCCAAGAUGGCGCCCCAGGCCUUGGAAGAGAGUGCUGUCCUCACUCCCCGAGUCCUUACUCUCCCAAAGAUGGGGAGCGUUGGAGAUUGGGAGGUGACAGCUGAGUCCCAGGAAGCCCAGAGCCCUGGAAGAUGUGCCAAGAAGGAGUUUCGCAAGGAGCCCCCAGGAGACAACUGUGGGAACGGAAUGUCCCAGGGCGUUCUAGUUUCAAAACCAGAUAUCAUCUCCCAACGAGAGCAAGAGCCAGAAUUCUGGGGUCCGAGUCGUAUAAAUUCCGGAAAAAGGCACACUGCAGAUUACAGCCUGGAUAAUGAGCAGAUAAAAGCAGCCCCAGCUCCGGUCUGGAGGGACUCUAAGGCCUGGGAGGAACAGUACCAAUGGGACGUGGAGGACAUGAAGGUGUCAGGCGUGCAUUGGGGCUAUGAAGAGACCAAGACGUUCCUGGCCAUUUUGAGUGAGUCUCCUUUCUCUGAAAAGCUCCGGACUUGUCACCAGAACCGACAGGUGUACCGGGCCAUCGCAGAGCGGCUGAGGGCACGAGGCUUCCUGCGGACACUGGAGCAGUGUCGCUACAGGGUCAAAAACCUCCUCCGGAACUACCGGAAAGCCAAGAGCAGCCACCCACCGGGGACCUGCCCCUUCUAUGAGGAGCUGGAGGCCCUGGUGAGGGCUCGGACGACCAUCAGAGCCACAGACGGCCCAGGAGUGGCUGUGGCACUCCCCAGGCUGGGGGACAGUGAUGCAGAGAUGGAAGAACAAGAGGAUGGGAACUGGGAGCAAGAGGAAACGGCAGAAGACUGUAAUGGUGAUGACCUGGCCACUGGCGAGUCCGUCCAGGGGCCCAGGAUUUCAAGGGGUCCAGCUCUAUUCCAAAGUCGUGUUGCAGGCGUGCACUGGGGCUACGAGGAGACCAAGGCCUUCCUGACCAUCCUCAGUGAGUCCCCAUUCUCUGAAAAGCUUCGCACCUGUCACCAGAACAGUCAGGUGUACCGGGCCAUCGCAGAGCGGCUGUGUGCACAGGGCUUCCUGCGGACACUGGAGCAGUGUCGCUACAGAUUCAAAAACCUCCUUCGAAGCUACCGGAAAGCCAAGAGCAGCCACCCACCAGGGACAUGCCCCUUCUAUGAGGAGCUGGACUCACUGGUGAGGGCGCGGACUGCAGUCAGAGCCAUGGGGAACAUCAGAGAGGUAGCAGGUCUUCCUACGUCUGGGUGGAGCAGUACAGAAGCUGACGACCAGGAGGCCUGGGAUGAGAUGGCAGAUGAAAAUGUCAUCAAACCUCCAACCCCAUGUCCUAAAACCCCACACACUGGUUUUGAGAUGAGUCAUGAGGAUGAAGGCCAGAGUUCAGAGCAGGAUAUUUUUGAAGACUUGCCUGGAGUGUUAUCAAAAUGUCCUCCAGAAGUUGUUUGCCACCCUAAUGAUUGGGAGGAAGACAGCGAACAUGAAAAUGAAGAUGAAGAGCAGGCAGGAAAUCCACCACAGGAACGGUGGGAUGAAUGUUCUUCUGAAGAGGACGUGGAAAAACUUAUUGACCAUCAAGGUCUGUACCUUGCAGAGAAACCCUACAACUAUGACACAUAUGUGAAAAGCUUCAGUCGGACCUCCCACUUCAUUGCUCACCAGCGGACACACACAGGUGAGAAGCCCUACAAAUGCCUCAAAUGUGGGAAAAGCUUUAGUGACCGUUCCAACCUCAAUACCCACCAGAGAAUUCACACUGGAGAGAAGCCCUACAAAUGCCUUGAAUGUGGGAAAAGCUUUAGUGAUCACUCUAAUCUUGUCACCCAUCAGAGAAUUCACAUAGGGGUAAAGCCCUAUAAAUGUGGGGCAUGUUGGAAAAGCUUCAACCAGAGCUCAAACCUUUUGAAACAUCAGAGGAUCCACUUGGGAGGAAAUCCUGACUAUUGUAAUAAGCCUGGGGAAAACUUUGACCAAAGCCCAUCCUUUAGUGCUCACUGGAGGAACUUGACAGAGGAGACAACUCCUGAACAACCUAAAAGAGCCAGUAAGAACUUGGGUUCUCCUGGACCAUACAGCACCAACUCAGAGGAGAAAUUUUAUCCAUGUUCUGAGUGUGGAAGAACCUUCUCCAAGAGCUCUGCCCUCAUUAGUCACCAAAGAAUCCAUACAGGAGAGAAACCAUAUGAAUGUGCUGACUGUGGGAAAAGCUUCAGUAAGAGCUCCACCUUGGCUAACCACCAGAGAACCCACACUGGGGAGAAGCCAUAUAAGUGCAUAGAUUGUGGGAAGUGCUUCAGUGAACGUUCUAAGCUCAUCACACACCAGAGAGUGCACACAGGAGAGAAGCCCUACAAAUGCCUCGAAUGUGGAAAAUUCUUCCGUGACCGUUCUAAUCUGAUCACUCACCAGAGGAUUCACACGGGAGAGAAGCCUUAUAAGUGCAGAGAGUGUGGGAAAUGCUUUAACCAGAGCUCCAGUCUCAUUAUUCACCAGAGAAUCCACACUGGAGAAAAACCCUACAAGUGCUUGGAGUGUGGCAAAGACUUCAACAACAGCUCUCACUUCAGUGCCCACCGGAGAACCCAUGCAGGAGGGAAAGCGUCAUAG